CACCAUUUUCCUCCAUUCUCCUUCCAUGGCUACUGUCAAAAUUAUAACCCUAACUGUCCUUGUGGCCGGAACCCUAGCCAGUCUUUUGCCGGAUCCCGUUGUGGGUCAGAACUGUGGUUGUGCCYCWAACCUCUGCUGUAGCCGGUUUGGGUACUGCGGCACAGGCAAMGMUUACUGUGGUGACGGAUGCCAACAGGGUCCCUGCAACAAUGGCGGUGGCGGCAGCAGUAGCGGCGUUUCAGUUGCAGACGUUGUCACACCCGAUUUCUUCAACGGAAUAAUCGGCAAAGCGGCCUCCGGUUGCGCAGGCAAGAACUUCUACACCCGAGGUGCCUUUCUUAACGCCCUUAAUUCCUACCCUCGUUUCGCUMARGAUGGCUCCGCCGAUGACUCGAAGCGCGAGAUUGCUGCUUUCUUUGCACAUGUCACACACGAGACUGGACACUUCUGCUACAUAGAAGAGAUCGAUGGUGCCUCAAAGGACUACUGUGACGAGAGMAACACGCAGUAUCCAUGCGUUCCGGGCAAAGGAUAUUACGGCCGUGGUCCGAUCCAAAUAUCCUGGAACUACAACUACGGRCCUGCCGGACAGAGCAUCGGAUUCAACGGUCUGAAUGCUCCGGAGACUGUGGCUAACGACGUGGUGGUGUCUUUCAAGACUGCAUUCUGGUUCUGGAUGAACAAUGUCCAUUCGGUCAUGAGACAAGGAUUCGGCGCCACGAUAAGAGCCAUUAAUGGCGGUGAAUGUGGAGGAGGAAACUCCGGCGCUGUUCAGGCUCGAGUUGGGUACUACACCGACUACUGUAACAAGCUCGGUGUGUCGCCGGGUGACAACCUUACUUGUUAGAAUGUAGUAAUUAAUUAAUAACAGAGAUCUCUAUGAAGUUGCAUUCAUAGGGAAAUUGAAUAAACAGUACUCUAGUACUGUAGCAUUAAUAGAAAAGAAAAUGGAGUGUAACGUAAAUUAAAUAAUUAAUAAAGGGAUCGGAAGCCUUCUACUA